CAUCCGCCUCUGGUUUUGUUGACCUGACGUGAAAACGGCAUGAUGAGAAGACUAACUUGUCAUUGAGUGACACAAUCUUGACGUCUUAGCACAGCAAUUCUGCUGAGUUUUGGGAACCAAAUAAACACUUUCGAAUUCAAUAUGCAGAAAGACAUGGGAGAAGUUUCUGGAGAAGAUGAUUUGUAUACGAAAGAUGGAACAGUUGAUUACCGCAAUAAUCCAGCUAAGAAGACUGAAACUGGGACUUGGAAAGCCUGCCCUUUCAUUUUAGGAAACGAGUGUUGUGAAAGAUUGGCAUACUAUGGGAUGAGCACAAAUCUUGUUUUGUAUUUCAAGAAAAGGCUCAACCAACACAGUGCUACAGCUUCAAAGAAUGUGUCAAAUUGGUCCGGAACAUGCUACAUCACACCACUAAUUGGAGCAUUUCUAGCAGAUGCAUAUCUAGGAAGAUACUGGACAAUUGCCUGCUUCUCAAUCAUCUAUGUAAUUGGGAUGACUCUGUUGACAUUGUCAGCUUCUGUCCCAGGCCUAAAGCCAAGCAGUGAUCCAAAGGAAGUGCAAACUGCAGUUUGCUUUGUUGCACUUUACCUCAUAGCAUUGGGCACUGGUGGGAUUAAGCCUUGCGUUUCAUCUUAUGGGGCGGAUCAGUUUGAUGAUGUUGAUGAAGUUGAGAAGAAACACAAGUCAUCUUUCUUUAAUUGGUUCUAUUUUUCGAUUAAUAUCGGUGCUCUUAUUGCUUCUUCAGUGCUGGUCUGGAUACAAGACAAUGUGGGCUGGGGCUGGGGUUUUGGAAUUCCAGCAGUGACUAUGGCCAUUGCUGUAGUGAGCUUCUUUUCAGGUACCCGAUUGUAUCGCAACCAAAAACCUGGAGGGAGCCCCCUGACUCGCAUAUGUCAAGUGGUUGUUGCGUCCUUCAGAAAAUUUAAAGUUGAUGUGCCUGGAGACAAAACUUCCUUGUAUGAGACAACAGAUGCUGAGUCUGCAAUCACAGGGAGUCGCAAGCUUGAUCAUACGCAAGACCUUCGUUUCUUCGACAAGGCAGCAGUGCAGACAGAAUCUGACCAUAUGAAAGGCAAUAUAGACCAGUGGAGACUUUGCACUGUGACCCAAGUUGAGGAGCUCAAAGCCAUUAUACGAUUGCUACCUAUAUGGGCCACGGGUAUCAUAUUUAGUGCUGUAUACAGUCAAAUGAGUACCAUGUUUGUGUUGCAAGGAGCGUCCAUGGACACUCGCGUAGGAAAUUCCAGCUUCAAGAUUCCACCAGCAUCACUUAGCAUUUUCGACACUCUCAGUGUUAUAUUCUGGGUUCCCAUUUAUGACCAACUUAUUGUCCCAAUUGCUAGGAAGAUUACAGGUCACAAGAAUGGCUUGACACAACUACAGAGAAUGGGUACAGGGCUCUUCAUAUCCAUCUUUGCCAUGGUAUCUGCCGCUGUUCUAGAGCUCUUUCGGCUAAAGUAUGUGAAAAAACAUAACUACUAUGAACUGGAGCAGGUCCCCAUGUCAAUAUUUUGGCAGGUUCCACAGUAUUUCCUUAUAGGUUGUGCAGAAGUUUUCACAUUCAUCGGUCAGUUGGAGUUCUUCUACGAUCAAGCACCAGAUGCCAUGAGAAGUUUGUGUUCGGCUUUAUCACUGACUACCGUUGCACUUGGGAAUUACUUGAGUUCGCUGCUUGUGACAAUUGUCAUGAAUAUUACAACCAAGAAUGGGAAACCCGGAUGGAUACCAGAUAACCUGAACUAUGGUCACCUUGACUACUUCUAUUACCUUUUGGCUGUGCUGAGUGUACUGAAUUUGGGAGCUUAUCUCAUGAUAGCGAAGUGGUAUACUUACAAAAGGCCAGUGGGAACUCUGCGUUGAAGGUUGAAGUGGCAUAACAAAAGUAAGCUUUUUAUUUUUGGGUUAAAUAGGGUUCAAGAACUUGUAAAUAUAGUUUGAUUGGAAUAUCAUAUGUUGUACUCAAACAUAUUUCUGUAAAACUAGUGCACAGUCACCACUAUCCAUAUGAUGUGAAAGACGUCAGUUUCAAUAUGAUCUGUUCUACUUGUAACACCUCCCACUUAAGACUGAUAAAUAUGAUCAUGUUUAGCGUUUCUUUCUUA